GUUGGAAUUGCUUUCUGGCUCAUAGACAUUUCCGUUUUGUCCCAUUGGCCAAUUCGGCCACUCUCCUCUGAGAAAGCCUCCAGCCUCUCCUCCAAAGUCCCCUGCGGUUCGUUCGGUUAUUCUUCGAACCGUUGUCUGAAGUUUACAACUCAAAACUUCACCGAACGCAUUUCAUUCACCAAUUCGUCCAAGUCUCGUAUCAAUCAAUCAGCCUAUCCGUCUUGCGGUUGGAGAGAUCGGAGGGGAGAGCAGCCAUGGCGCAUCGAGUAGACCACGAGUAUGACUAUCUGUUCAAGAUCGUUUUGAUCGGAGACUCAGGUGUAGGCAAAUCCAACAUCCUCUCCAGGUUCACUCGAAACGAGUUCUGUUUGGAGUCCAAAUCCACUAUCGGAGUUGAGUUCGCCACCAGAACUCUUCAGGUAGAGGGUAAAACUGUGAAAGCACAGAUCUGGGACACAGCAGGUCAAGAGCGGUACCGUGCCAUUACCAGUGCUUAUUACAGAGGAGCUGUUGGUGCUCUACUUGUAUAUGACAUAACCAAGAGGCAAACCUUUGACAAUGUCCAAAGGUGGUUGCGUGAACUGAGGGACCAUGCGGAUUCUAAUAUAGUUAUCAUGAUGGCUGGAAAUAAAUCUGAUUUGAGCCAUCUUAGAGCAGUUUCGGAGGAUGAUGGUCAAGCAUUGGCAGAGAGGGAAGGUCUCUCGUUUCUUGAGACAUCUGCACUGGAAGCAACCAACAUUGAGAAGGCAUUCCAAACCAUUUUGACAGAGAUUUAUCAUAUUGUUAGCAAAAAGGCGCUGGCUGCUCAGGAAGCAGCUGUUGGUACCAUACUUCCUGGUCAAGGUACCACCAUCAAUGUUGGGGAUGCAUCUGGGAAUACAAAGAGAGGCUGCUGCUCCACUUAAUGUGACAUGUGAGGAAAAAGCGAUGGUAGCAGAUAGUAUUUUUUCCCCCCAAUUCUGUUUUGCCCCUUUCUCUUUUCAUCUUUUUUUUUUCCUCCUUUCUUUAUGGGUGAGAGAGACACAUGUAGAGUACAUUUACUUCAUCUAGUUGCAAAAACAAAGUCUGUGAAAUUUUAUAAAACAAUAGUCUUGCUAGUUCCUUUGAAUUAUCUCUUCCGUGAUAUGAUAGUUUCGCAUGAAUUAAUGUAAUAUUGGAACGAACAGAUAUUGAUGAUAUAGUGUCGUGGUUAAUGGGGAAUCUAACAUUUCAGAGAGGUCAGGUUAUGUAAGAUACGUACCUUCUGAUUUUUGUCGAUUCAUUGCUGUUACAAGGCUACUUUGAGACCUGCUUGACAGAGUGUAUGGUAAUCUCUUUUGCAUUCUCUUGUUUUCACCCGUUGGCUGCUUCUGAGGGAAAAUCAACCACCUCAUCAUUUGCAAACAGAUAAUUACAAGUUCAAGUUUAAAAUGACAAAACUAUCUAGGUAGCACAAUUAUCAAGUUAGGGGAGAGCAUUUCUUUGUCAUUAUUAUAGCAAUAAAGUUGGAAAUUUUGUA